AUGGCAUUCCAGGCGAAGAUCCCGGACGAGAUUAUGCUCAAAAACCGAAAGGCUUCGCUGAAAAAAGUCAGUAGAAAUGCUUGGGAAAUUUCGAAUUUCACUGUCAAGAUGGAGUGGACAAGUCCGCGGAUGUGCACUGAUCCUGAUGUUUCUUCGGUUGGAUGGGAGGCUCGUUUUCCUCAGCAGUUUCUCGCAUUGGUGAAACAAUGUACGAAAUUCUGGAUCGCUAAACAUGAAAAGGAAUAUGCUUCGUGGUUCACUACUCAGUACCUUGGCAAACGCUGGGGGACAUGGUUUUGCACGCUGGCAGCUCCUGCGGUGUUGCCUUCCCAAAACCCAAUCGAAUCUCACCAUCAAGCCCUUAAAACUGUCUGCGUACCCUCCAAACACGCUGCUACACCCGUGGUUUGCAACGAUACACUGCCUCCCGUGCUUUACCUCGACUGCGACAAACCUAUGAAGAGCUUCACUCACUUUGCUGAGGGGCCAGUAAUUGGGGAAAUGGUUAAGAUAAAAUCAUUCGUCUUCAAUACUUGGGAGUACGCUGUGCGAUACAACAAUGCAACAGGCCAGGUAGUCAACGCCACGCGUGCUGAACGGUAUUUGGACUCAAAGUCAGGGAAAUUUCGAAAGGGAUCCAGAGUUCCCGACUGUCAGCUGUACUACUUAUCAUUACACGAAGUACAAGUGGUACCACCGGUCUACACGGCUGCAUUCCGCUUGGAUCUGAAUCCAAUUAUCCCUGCAAAGCAGAUUCGAGCCAUUCGCUCGCGGUAUCAAUGUGACUGCAAAGGAUUUUGGACGUCUGGAUGGCUAUGUAGCCACGUUCUUGCUGCUAUGUCGCUGAUGAAAGGUAUGACUUAA